AAUCUAUCUCACUCACUUCACUUCUCAGUUAUUACAACCCAAAAAACAAAAACAAAAACAAACAAAAAAGAAAACGCUUUUGUGCAAUUAGGCGGGUAUCUACAGUACGAAAAGAUACUCUCUACACACAGCGAAACAAUGCCCACUGAUUCAGCAAUCGACGACGUAACCGUCGUCGUCGCCGCCGCCGCAGACGGGGGCGAUAUCGAAGAAAAGAACGAAGAUAUCGACAUGGCGGUGGUCGGAGGAGGAGAGGGAAGCGGAAGCAGCGGCGGCCAAGCUGGAAAGAAAUCAAGAGACAGAGUAAAAGGCCCCUGGUCUCCUGAAGAGGACGCGAUUCUGAGUCGGCUCGUCAGCAACUUCGGGGCGAGGAAUUGGAGCUUGAUCGCCCGAGGAAUUGCUGGUAGAUCGGGCAAGUCGUGCCGCCUUAGGUGGUGUAAUCAGCUCGACCCUGCUGUCAAGCGCAAACCCUUUACUGAUGAAGAGGAUCGCAUCAUAGUUCGGGCCCAUGCUAUUCAUGGAAACAAAUGGGCAUCAAUCGCAAGGCUUCUGCCAGGUAGAACAGACAAUGCAAUUAAGAACCACUGGAAUUCUACCCUGAGGCGCCGGUGCACGGAACGUCGCAAGUUUAAGCUAGAAUCCAGCAAUAUGUUGGGAGACUUCAACAUGGACAUAUCCAAAGCAUCAUCUGAAGAAACUCUAUCAUGUGGAGAUGUUAAUUCAUUCAAUUCCUUGGAAGGAAAAGAUGUCACCUCUAGAGAAAACAUAAAAGAGCUAUGUGAAGACAAGGCUCAACCAGAAGGUCAAUCUACUAAUGAAGCAAAAGAACCACCUACCCUUUUCCGUCCUGUGGCACGUGUCAGUGCAUUUAAUGUAUAUAAUAUUUUGGAUGGUCCUGAAACUGUGUCCUCGUUUCCAAGUUCUAUUCCUAUGCAAGGGCCUUUGGUUCAAGCCUCGAGACCAGAUGUUGGGAUCUACAAAUUGCUUGAAGGAGCUUGUGGAGACCGAUUAAUACCUCACCAAUGUGCUCAUGGUUGUUGUGGGACUGAAAGUAAGGGAAAACCUCGAAGCUCUUUGUUGGGGCCUGAGUUUGUGGACUAUGCAGAGACUCAAUUCUUUCCAUGUCACGAGUUGGCUGCAAUAGCCACGGAUAUAAGUAAUGCUGCUUGGCAGAAGAGUGGGUUGGAGAGUGUCAAUGUCAGGGCUGCUUCUUUAGGGCCUCUUGUCCAAAUGGGUCGUGUUGUGGACAGCAAAAUGAAAGGCCAUUUACAUUUCAAGGAGGGAAAGAAUAAGCUGAUGGGUUUGAUGGCUGAUCCGUUAUCGACCCCAACUGGUAGGCAAUCGUUUCCUGUAUCAGCUAAAGUUGGAGGCCAGACUUGAUAUGAACUUGUUUUCGCAUAAACCAACUGAACUGCCAAAAGAGCAGCGUUAUGAUCUAGGAGAAAAAAAGUCGGUCAUGAUAGUGAUUAGAGUUGCACGACAAAAUGGACCUAGAGUGCCAUCAAAAACACAAAUCCAUUAAAUGGUUGUUGUAGCCAAUUGGCUAAAUUUUGCAGUUAUGAGGUUGAUUUGCUGGUUAAUUUAUGGUGGAAAUAGGAAACAAAAAAGUUUAUUUGAUAAAGAUGUAUGUUGUUUUAUUUUAUUACUUCUUUAUUUGACACAAUGGUGCACAUUUACAGUAGACAGAAAGAUCAAGUAACUCUAGUUAUUUGUGAAACCUAUUCUGUGUGAGAUACUUCCAUAGAAAAGGUAUGGAGAUUCUUCU